AUGCCCCCAUUAAUAGAAAUCUUCUACAAAGUUGACAUUGCUUUAUUGUGUUCUGCUGUAGAUGUGCAUAUUUCCCAGCAUUUUAUGAUGCAGUCCGAGCUGGUGGAUAUAGAGAAGGCAAUUGCACACUAUGAACAGUCAGCUGAUUACUACAAGGGCGAGGAGUCCAACAGUUCUGCUAACAAAUGUCUUGUGAAGGUCGCCACUUACACAGCUCAGCUGGAACAGUAUGCAAAAGCUGUUGAAAUCUAUGAACAGGUUGGUACCAAUGCGAUGGACAGUCCUCUACUCAAAUACAGUGCCAAGGAUUAUUUCUUCAAAGCUGCCCUCUGCCAUUUCUGCAUCGACAUGUACAACGCCAAGAUGGCAGUCCAGAAAUAUGAGGAAAUGUUUCCAGCUUUUUCUGAUUCCAGGGAGUGCAAGCUAGUAAAGAAACUGCUUGAUGCUCAUGAAGAACAAAACCUGGACAACUAUACAGAUGCAGUAAAAGAAUCAAGAUGA